GGCGCUGCAAAAUAAGAAAAUUAUAAACAACGUCCACGUUUUUGUUUGUUUGGUAGUAUAAAGCUAACUACACCAAUUUGGAACGCGGUGCCAGUACUAGAGACUCAAGUUAUUUCAAUUGCUGUUGUAGAAGAAUAAUGAAUAACAACAAGUUUAAUACAGAAUGUAAAUUUAUCAAACAGGAGGAGGUAGCAAGAGGUAAAUGGUUAUCAUUAAAUAAUGUACAUUAUACAGAUCCUACUGGUAAAGAAAGAGUAUGGGAAGCUGUAUAUAGAACAACAACAACAACACAAUCAGCUGAUGCUGUAGUGGUGAUCCCAUUAUUAAAGAGAUCAUUGAAAUAUGAUUGUAUUGUAUUAGUCAAACAGUACAGGCCUCCUAUGAAAAACUAUACAUUAGAAUUCCCUGCUGGUUUAAUCGAUAAAGGAGAAUCCUCAGAUGAUUGCGCUAUUCGUGAAUUAAAAGAAGAAACAGGUUAUAUCGGUAGAUGUAAACAUAUUUCACCAGCAACAUCUUUAGAUCCUGGUGUAGGUAAUACAUCAGUUGUUAUGAUAACUGUUGAGAUUGAUGGAGAUAACAUAGAAAAUAAAGUGCCGACACCAAAUUUAGAGUUUAUAGAAGUUCUGGUGGUGCCUUUAAUUCACAUGCUUAGUAAAUUAAAUGAAUAUAGUAAGAAAGGUUACAUCAUUGAUUCCAGAGUUUAUACUUAUGCCAUUGCCAUGGAACAGACCAAAAAUACCAAACCAGUGAUUCCAGAUCAAGAACAACUUGAACCUCAAAUACAAGAUGAAUAUUUAAAAUAAUGUCCCAAUUUAUUUUCAAGUUACUGUGUUGAUAAGGACUUCUUGCAAAAAAGAAUUUUAAUCUAGAGGGAGAAUGGACAGGAGAAGGACUAUGGCGGUAUAUUAGAUUCAAAAUUCUAACCUGCUAUCAUCUAAUUUCUAACUUCUGUUCAUGUAAUUUCUAUCUUCUAUUCAUGUAAUUUCUAACUUCUAUUCAUGUAAUUUUUAAAUGAAGACAAUGUAUAAUCCAACUUUUUUUUUGUAUAGUGUAAAUUUUAAAUCUAUUUCAUCUUAUUUCUAUUAUUAAAACGAAAAAUGACUACUUCAUUGUCACUUUACAUGUUAAGCAUGAAUGUCAAAUAAAUUUAGAAUUUUGAUACUUCUGCCUAGCAACCAUCAUUAUGAAAUCGUUUGGUUUCACCACUGCAUGCUCAUUUGGUGAUUGGGCACCUGGUCGGGACCAUAAUGAAUGUAUCUGAUAUAAACAACUCGCUCUUCGUCUGGUUGAUAGUUGGACAUAGUGCUGGAAUUUUUUUUUGAGAGAGAGAACCACUUGGUCAAUUUGUAACAAACAUAUGGUUCAGUUUUAUUUCAAUAAUUCGCUUAUGCGUUGGAAUUAGCAGUGGGAGGAAACCGGAGGACACUGAGAAAACCCACGAGGUUGGACAGGCGACCCUACUUCUUCUCAUGUACAACCAGGGAAUUGAUGCUGAAAUUGAAAACAGCAUUGAACUGAUAUGGUUGUGCAAAUACUAUUUCAAAUAUAAGCAAUUUUUGAGAAUUUGAUUUGAUUGUUUUUUUACAGUUAAGCCAAUAUUAAUAUUUAUAUACUGUUGAUCUGUAUUCUAUUAUACCGCCAUAGGGGACAUCCUUUGUUUUUAUAUUAGCUUAUAUGCAUGUUCUAAUGAGGGUUAUUAAAUAUUGCCCAAGGCAAAUCAGUUUUAUAUGUAUGGUUUAAUGGUCCAGAGCUAAUAUAUUGAUACUGCCCGAGGACGUUAGUCUGAGUGUUGUUUCAAUAUAUUACGCAAUGUCUUGUUAGAGACCAUUAAAAAACUUAAUAUACAGAUACUAUCCUACUCUCGCAUUUCAAUGUAAUUGUCACGCGAGUUCAAUAUUUCAUCUAGUAUAAAAAAUAUACAAUAUGCACAUUGUCUGUACCAUUAUUUGAAAUAAUGGUAUGUCAACAUCAAAGAUUGAGGUCACAUCUGCAUUUUACAAGUAAAUAGUUGAUCAUCUCACUUUCAGAGAUUGACUUAAUGAUCAUGAGUAUACUGUUUCGAUGGAAUGCGCGCAUUAUAAAUAUUCAUUAUUAUUAUUAUUAUUAUUAUCCAAUAUUAAUUGUGUUCCAAAAGAAAAUGGAAAUUGUUUUAAGACACUUUUUGUUUUAGAUAUCUCUCAAUGAGUAUGUAAGUAAACUAAAAGAAUUGAUGCUGCUGAAUGAUUUUAAAGAUACUUUCCCAGAAAAGUAUUUAUCGGGUGGUUAUUUCCAAUAAAAGUAUAUCAAAUUUGGUAUAUAUGGAAAGUAUAGACACCCAAUCUUAGUAGAAAAAUACUGGAUUACCCGAAAAAUGCCCAUGGGGCAAGCACAGGGCAAAAUUGUCAGGGUAUCACUAACUGGCAACCUGACUGUUAUCUGCCAGCUUAUUGUGUGCCAGCCUAAAUUAGGGAGCGGUUGUUAUUUCUUGAUCAAAUGGUUAGGCGGUUUUGGGAACAUUGAGGGGUGUCACGUACAAAAGACUCUGCAAUUAAAAGGCGGAAAAAGAAGAUGACAGAAAUAAUUAAGAAUUUACUUAGGCCUCAAUAUGUAUGGUAAAUGUAUAGUAAGUAAUGAUAAAUUCAUUCUGAAAAAUGGACCCUCCCACAAUGAAGCUAAGUUGACAGACAUUGCGUCUAACAACAGCUUACUUAUAGCUAUA